AUGAGCGUGGUGAGCCACUACAUGCAUGAUUCAAGUAAGGGUCAUGUAGAUGCAGUGUAUCUGAUUCUGAGGUAUAUGAAGAGUGCAUUAGUGAAGUGGUUGGUUUUCACGAAGAAUGGGAAUGCAGACAUUGAGGGCUUUUGUGGGCUGACUGGGCGAGUUGCGCAGAUGAUAAGAUCCACCUCAAGAUACUGCAUGCUCGUACGGGGCAACUUGGUCUCUUGGAAGAGCAAGAAACUGUCUAUAGUAGCGAGGUCAACAACAAAGGCCGAGUAUAUGACCAUGACCUUAGGAGUUGUCGAGAUGAUGUGGCUGAUAGCCUUGUUGGUCGAGCUCAAGGUGGACCAAAGAACUCAAAUGAGGUUGUGGUGCGACAACAAGUUAGCAAUCGACAUUGCCAACAACCGGCACAACACAAUUGAACAAUCAUGUGGUGAUUGA